CAGGUUUUGUAGGCUUUGCCAUCCAGGGGAACGAUGAAUACGGAGCCCUCCUUGAAGGUGAAGGGCUGCGUAGCAGGAGGGGUAGUCCCAGCGCAGGAGCGUCCCCCGGCCUCAGCCAUCGCCACAGCCACCGCGGAAACCCUCUGCCAUCUCCUGGCCACCUCCUAGCUGCGCUCUCUUGAGCUGGCUCUUCCUCUUGCAUUUUGUUUCGCUUUUCUGUUCCAGGAAGAAAGAGGCAUCUGGCUACAGUGAAGUGCCAGAUGGGCACUAGAUGACAGAGAAAAAAGAAGUUGAGGCUGAGGUUAAGAGAGGAGAUGUGAAGCAAGCACAGGAAGCAGGGAGCACAAGCCACAGCCAGGAGGACACAGCAUGUCCCCUGUCUGCACACACCAGCAAAGUGCCAGCUGCCCCCCCUGUCCCCGCUACAGCUGGAGAGUUGCCUAAUUCAGUGUCACCUUCCAAAGCACCACACCUGUCCCAGCCAUGACCAUCCUGUGCCCCUCCUGGGAUUUAUCACAUGCACCCAUAGCUACCCUCGGUCAGUCAAGUUCAUUUGCAGGCAGGACACAUGUCUCUUCACCGUUCACUUCCCUGCAGUAAUUCUAAGCGAACACCCUCCAUUUAUCACUACGCAUCAGGAAGCAGAAGUAGUUACACUGAUUUAAAGGAAUCUGAAUUCAUCCAACUCUUUUCAUAGCAGAAAAUAAAGAAGUCUCAUUUCUUUCUGGCCGUGCCUCCUCUUGGGGUUGAUUUCACUUCCCCAUCACCAGUUUUGCCAGCAAGCUGGGUGGAAGAGAUGGAGGAUGCAGCAUUAGGGAAACUGAAUGUUUUAUGGGUCUGCAAAAGGUACCCUGCGACUCACAGGCUGACACGAGCUCAAACGCUUGCAUCUCUUCUUGAUUUUGUCUGAAACAGGAGAGGACCUGCUAGAGCAGACCAUUGCUUUCACACACCCUCCCUCCUACUGCCCAGUCAUUUCCCACUCGUUUCCUUCUCCUAUGAGCAAAGCCUGGUCUUUCUUUCACUCUUUUAUUCUGAGGAGCACCCUUGAGAUGGGCUCAGGGCAUAGAAAAAAAACACUACUCUCUGAACAUGACUACGUUGGACAUCGUACUGCUUUCUAAUGGAAACGAGGGCUCCCACCGAAAAAAGGUCACAGGCAGCGUGACAGUGCUGUUCUGGUCAUACUAGGAAAGGUCUAAGUAAAGCGUUUCUCAGCUACUUCAAGGCCGCCUUUGAAAUAAUGCACCCCAAAUCAAGUAAAGGGUUAGAAUUGAACUAAGCACCCUACUAAGGUCCCUUAAAUUGUCUCAUUUCCUACAACGACUACAGAACUGAUCUAGACUGAUAAGUAGUAACUUUGCACGGUCAACUCUGAUUAGAGUUCUCACUUCUAAAACAGCAACGAGAAAGAGGAAGCAGUUUAAAAUAUUUGUUUGCAGGUUGUUGGUAAGUAGGCUUGGAGCAGCUUCCCCCUCCCCCAAUCAAAUAGCUUUCCAGAGUGCUUCAACGAUACAAGGCUGCCGCAGGGACGCUCCGAGGUUCAGAAGAAGAUGCGUGCAAAGAGGACAGUGUUUGACAGUGUUUCCCGGACGCUAAGAUAGUUGCAGUUCUGUGGAAAGGCGAGAGCUGCUUCGCUGUGAGAGUCCGAGGAUGUGAAAUUCUGGAGGAGGUUUGUGCUAAGAAGAGGCACUGGAACGACCGAACGGGUUAGUCGCACCACAGACGAAUCCCACGUGAGUCCCUUCACUCUCAUGCGCCCUUCUGCACCUCGAGCCCAAGGUGGGAGCACUUCUGGCUAUUCAGCAUGGCCAACAGCAGCCUGGCGCUGAGCGGCCUGGAUGGGUUCUACAUUGGUAUUGAGUCCUUGAUUGCUUUGUUUGCCACUUUGGGCAACAUCCUGGUGAUCUGGACAGUGAAGGUGACCCCGGCUUUUCGGAACACCACCCUGUACUUCAUCGGUUCCCUAGCCCUGGCCGACAUCGCCGUCGGCACCCUCGUCGUGCCCCUGGCCAUCGUGGUGAGCCUAGGGAUCAGCAUCCACUUCUACACCUGCCUGUUCAUGUGCUGCCUGAUGGUGAUUUUUACCAACGCGUCCAUCCUGUCCCUCCUGGCCAUCGCAGUCGACAGGUACCUGAGAGUGAAGCUGCCCACCAGAUAUAAAAUAAUCACUACGGGGAGAAGAAUUUGGUUAGCACUGAGUUUGUGCUGGUUGCUGUCUCUGCUGGGAGGAUUAGUCCCCAUGUUUGGAUGGAACAAUACAGCACCCAGAAGCUCAGACUUGCACAAGUGUCAAUUUCUCUCUGUGAUGAGGAUGGAUUACCUGGUAUAUUUUGGCUUCUUCAUGUGGACCCUUGUCCCUCUGACCAUCAUGUGUGCUCUAUAUGCCAAAAUCUUUUACAUCAUUCGGACAAAGCUAAGUCAAGGUACAACCAACGUGAAAGCGGCAGGAGCAUUUUAUGGGCAGGAGUUCAAGACAGCCAAAUCCCUAGGCCUUGUUCUCUUCCUGUUUGCAAUAUCCUGGUUGCCCCUGUACAUUAUAAACUGUAUUUCCUAUUUUUACCCCAAACAUCAGAUCCCCAAGUAUUUGAUUUACUUGGGAAUCCUGUUGUCCCAUGCCAACUCUGCCAUGAACCCCGUUGUCUAUGCUUGCAAGAUAAAGAAGUUCAAAGACACAUACCUUUUAAUUUUGAAGACUUGUAUGCUGUGCAAAAAAACAGAUCCAGUUGUUCUUGCAGAGCAAAAUACAGACUAACAGCCAUAAAACAAGACUGAAGGCUGAACUGCCAGUAUAUACCAGACUGUUGAUACAAAACUUUGCUUCAUUAAGAAAUUCAUGGGAAAACGUGUUCUGCUUCAUCUACUCACUCUUUUAGACAAACUGUUUUAUGAUAAGGGCAAGCUCCUCUUACUCAGUCUGAUGCACAUUUGACAUUAAGCCCAAAAGGAUCAUUUAUGAUCUCCUGCACAAGUAUACCCCAGAGAAUUCUGCUCAGCGAUUGCUGUACCAAGCCCAGAUCUUCCAGGCAGGUAUCUUCAUUUCACAGGACCUUCUCUGGUUUAUUUAUUGCCUUGAGCGUUAUUUGGUAGGCUGGUGACCCUGAGCACUGGUAACAAGGCAGAGAUUUUUUGCUCCUAGUUCCCUACCUCAGAUCUGUGUUUAGCUGGUAAAGACCAACGCUUGAUACUUUUCUAAUUUUAAGUAGAGACUGAGAAGUUUUUUUGCUAUGGUCUGGGUUUCUCUUUCUAACCAGCUGUAGGCCCUUUGCUAUCACACAGCCAAACUUGCCCCAACCCUUUGCUUCAGUGGUGCCUGCACAUCUCAUGAAACUAUAGCAUGUUUGUUCCUCUUGCACAACAUAUUCCCAUGCUUAGUUUGCCCUAUAACCACAAAUUGUUUUCCUAACAUUGGAAUUAAUUGUCAUUUGCUGCAGCUGAGGGUCAUCUGCCAUAUUCCAAACCUUUGUAAACCUGGUGAAAAGUUUCUUUUUGCAACAACCUGUUACAAAACUGAAGACUUAUCUGAAAGUAUACAUACAUAUGUAUUCAUGCAUAUAAUAUAUGUACACACACAUA